CCCUGUACAGGUAGCAUCACCGAUCCGCUGACACCAGCCCGCUCCACACUGUUCUGUCGCUUCUUCUCCCCACACCGCGGCGGUCUCGCCCUCCUCCUCCUCCUCCUCUUCUGCUGGACUAGCUGGACACACACUAUGGCCACCACGGUGCUGACCAUGAGUAGCAGGAUGGGGCGCCUGGACGAACCUGUCUUCACACAACUCAAACCUGUGCAUGGGAAUGGGGGGCAAGCGUCCCAUAGAGGGGAUCUCUCCGGAAACAUCUUCCCGGAGGACGUGCACAAGAGUUCCCGGCUAUUACCCGAGGACAUGGCACAGACUAGAUACGAAAUGGAUAAGUAUCUUACACCUCACGCAGCUUCAGUUUGCAUGAUCCAAGAGCAGAAGAAAUACAGGAGGGACAGUGCAUCUGGUAUCGAUCAGUUCUUCAGCGACAGCGAUGGACUGCCUUACAGUAUCAACAUGAACGUCUUCCUCCCGGACAUCACUCAUCUCAGAACAAACUUAUACAAGGCUCAGAGGCCUACAGUCACCCACAUUAAGACGGAACCUCCUUUCAGCCAGCAUAGCGAAUCAGUGGCCACUCAGCCUCUUCCAGAAUUCACCAGCAUCUUCAGCAACCACCAGAACACAGAUCUAAAUAACAUUUACAUCAAACAAGAGAUGCCAUCGCCAGAAAUCCAGAUCCCCAUCAACCACCAGCACGGUCAGCUGUACCAAUUGUUGAGUUCGUCAGAUAUGGACCUGAGUUCCACAAACCAGACAGCGGUGAUGGACACUUUGAGCAAUGCUUCCUUGUCUACAGAACUAUCUGGAUUCAACACACUCCCCGCCCCUGUAACACAGACUGCAAUGAAGGCAUUUCAGGGCAUUCCCCAAUGUUCCUAUAAUAUGCAUGGGCAGUUCAUGCAACAGCAAGAAGGGACCUACUUUCCACCUUCCCCUCCCAGCUCAGAACCUGGUAGCCCAGAUCGGCAAGCAGAACUGCUCCAGAGCUUAAAUCCACCACCUUCUUAUGCAGCCACCAUUGCUUCCAAGAUGGCCAUUCACAAUCCCGCCUUAACUUCUCCGGUUCAAAUGUCACCAGCUAACAUUCAGUCUGUUCGCUACAACCGCAGAAACAACCCAGACUUGGAGAAAAGACGUAUUCACUAUUGUGAUUAUCCUGGCUGCACAAAAGUGUAUACAAAGUCAUCCCAUUUGAAAGCUCACCUGAGAACACAUACUGGAGAGAAGCCAUACAAGUGUACGUGGGAAGGUUGUGACUGGAGAUUCGCCCGCUCUGAUGAACUGACUCGUCACUACAGAAAGCACACAGGAGCUAAGCCCUUUCAGUGCGCGGUUUGCAACCGAAGCUUCUCCCGCUCCGAUCACUUAGCCCUACACAUGAAGAGACAUCAGAACUAGAAUGGAUCCUCUCCAAAGGCUCUUCUUCGCUAUGCAAUCUUCUCCCCACUGCCUCAUUGCUGAAACACUAUGCAGACUGUAGUAACUCUAGGACGCUAGGGUCGUUGCUGCAUGCAAACCUAUUAUCCCUGUUGUGGUAUGGACUUGCAGGAGGGUGGGGUGGGAAGAAGAACUGGAUCAUAAUAAUAGAACAUGCUUUUUUUUUUUUUCUCUUUAUUUAUAACUCUGUAUUAAAAUACCACGUGAUCAACCAGUCAGAGAAUGUUUGCUACAACCGUUCUGUUUUCUUUUCUUUUGCAGUAUACAGUAGCUGGCAGGUUUCAUCUCAAUACAGCUUAUUUACAUCUCAACACACAAGGGUUUUUAAGGGUUGUUUAGUGAUGUUUUGACCAAAGCACUGUCUUUACUGUUACAGUGUUUAGUAAAUGAAAUGAGGUCAUGGAUGACUGCACGCAAAGGACAAGCCAUUAUAUAUAUAUAUAUAUAUAUAUAUAUAUAUAUAUAUAUAUAUAUAUUCUCAGAAAUAUUCAUUUAAUACUUGAGCAUGCAAGUACAUCUUUUUAUAUGUGUAUUUGUUUUUAUGUUUUUUUAAAACUUCAGUGUCCCUAUAUAAUUUAAUAUUGUUCUUAAUCUCAUUAGUAUCUAAAUUUAUCCUAAACGUGGCUCUCCAUAUGUUUAACGUCGCUUUAAAUGUAGUUAAGUGAGGUCUUUUAAAGCUAACUACCCAAAUAUAUUUCAUUAGCCUUAAAAAAAAAAAAA